GUUACAGACCACGGUAAGUAGUUUGAUUUAAAAAAGUUUGUCAAAUUUUGCGACGAGAAUGGUGUGGUGUUGCGGUUCUCCUCAGUAGCAUACCCUCAAGCUAAUGGACAAGCGGAGGCGGCCAACAAAAGUAUCUUGCUUGGGUUGCACACUAGGCUGACGGGCGCCAAAGGCAGAUGGGUGGAGAAGUUGCCUAGUGUUUUAUGGGCACACAGGAUGACCUACAAGACAACCACGGGUGAAACACCAUUUGCUCUAACUUAUGGGGGGAGAGCCUAUCAUUCCAAUCGAGGUCAUUGUUCCAAGUUAUCGGGUGGCCCAUCACGACCCCACCAACAAUGGCAAGGAGCGAAUUGAUGAUUUGGACUUGGCGGACAAGAGGCGUGAAGUUGUCGUGGUACGCCUCGAGGCUAUGAAGAAGCAAGUUGCAAGGUACUAUGUCAAGAAGAUGCGCCCACAUGCCAUUGUAGCACGCGCCAGGUUCUCAAGCGUGGUUUUUGACCAGACUCCCAGGAAGGAAAGUUGGCGCCAAAGUGGAAAGUUCCAUAUCGUGUUCGCGAGGUCGUGGGCGCUAGCACGUUCAAGCUGGAGCAUCUCGAUGGCAAGGCGGUGAAAAGAACAUGGAAUUCACAAAACUUGCGCCUCUACCAACCAAGCUUGGCGCCUCUCCUUGGUUAAAGAAUGGUGUGGAGGUCCAAGAUAGCAGUAUUUACGUUUUCCAUCUUUUUUGUGAGUCACAAGUGUGGUGUUGAGAUGCGCUUGUAUUAUGUCCAAAGAGCCUAGAUUAGUAGCGCCGUAACGUGUGAAAAGCACCCAACAUAUGUAGCGCCCCCGCAAUGUUAAAGUGCCCGUAAUUAUUAAGCGCCCGUCAAUGUUUUAAUGUCCAUUUCCAACUAGUCAGUGCGCCCUACCUCGCGCCCUUCGACUAAAAUAAUGUGUGGUCAUACAAGCCCGAUAAAGCGCCCAACCUAGUGCCCUUUCAAACUAAAAAUAGAUAUAAUCGUAAAGC